CAUGCGCACAAUAGAGCGUCUCACCUGUCAACCUUUCAUCAAAAAUGGACCCAUCCGCAGAGUAUCGGGACAAUUUAGACUGAUGUCAACACUGACACAUUGGUAUAACACAUGUUUUAAUGAAAGCAGAUAUGUAAUUUCGCCAACGUUGUCCGGGAACCGUUUAUUGCUGUCACUGGGUCCACCGACGACGGUGACCGUACAUCGCUUACAACCUGUUUGUGUCCAUCCUUCUAUCAUCCAUCCGUCCAUACACCAUAAGACAAACAGAAACAGGCAGCCUCUCAUAGUUCAAACCUCACAGACCAAGUCGUCCCUCGACUGACAACGGUGUGAUGCUCGUACAUGACCUCGGCUUUUAGUCCCAUUGUGCAGGACGAUGAAUGCAGAGGAGUUGGAACUCCUGGGUGACUCGAAGUACAGGAAUUAUGUGGCGGCAGUAGACAAGGCCCUGAAAAACUUUGAGUACUCAAGCGAAUGGGCCGAUCUGAUCUCAGCGCUCGGAAAGCUCAAUAAGGUAUUGCAAAACAAUGGCAAAUACCAGGUUGUGCCCAAGAAACUGACAAUUGGAAAGCGUCUGGCACAAUGCCUCCACCCGGCGCUGCCCAGCGGGGUUCACCGCAAGGCCCUGGAGACUUACGAGAUCAUCUUCAAGAUCAUUGGACCAAAGCGCCUGGCAAAAGAUCUUUUUCUUUAUAGUUCUGGGCUCUUCCCUUUACUAUCAAAUGCUGCUAUGUCUGUAAAGCCAGUAUUACUUGGGUUGUAUGAGAUAUACUACCUGCCCUUGGGGAAGACUCUCAAACCAGGCCUACAGGGGCUCCUGACUGGUGUACUGCCUGGUUUAGAGGAGGGCUCAGAGUACUAUGACAGGACCAAUACCCUUCUGGAGAAAGUGGCAGCUGCUGUCGAACAGCCGGCCUUCUACAGUGCCCUGUGGGGCAGUAUUCUGACCAGCCCUGCUGUGCGCUUGCCUGGAGUCACUUUCGUUCUUUUGCACCUUAACCGAAAACUUUCCAUGGAGGACCAGCUUUACAUCAUCGGCAGUGACAUCGAACUGAUGGUGGAGGCUGUUAGCACAUCAGUUCAGGACUCAAGUGUGUUAGUUCAGAGGAGCACCCUGGACCUCAUUCUGUUCUGCUUUCCCUUUCACAUGAGCCAGGCGACACGUCCAGAUAUGAUCAGGAUUCUGUCAGCCGCACUUCAUGUAGUUCUGAGGAGAGAUAUGUCUUUGAACCGUAGACUUUAUGCCUGGUUACUGGGUUUCGAUAACAACGGUGGGAAAGCAGGCCCUCGCAGCACCCGACUGAGUAAUCCAGAAGAGCAUGUCACACACUACUUCAAUACUUACUCCAAGGACAUGCUUGUUCAGGCCAUGGUGGGGAUCCUGCAGGGGAAGGCCAGAGGAGGGGAGGAGGAGAGCGUCCUGAUGCAUGACUUAAAGCCAUUUCGCAUCCUCAUCAGCUUGCUCGACAAGCCUGAGCUGGGCCCAGCAAUCUUGGAGGAUGUCCUGAUUGAAGUGUUUCGCACCCUGCACACUCAAUGCCGUGCUGAAUUAGACCUUCAGAACCAAAACCCCUUCAGCAAGGACCAAACUCAGCUUAGCAGCAAACUUCGAGAAAACAAGAAGACGGCGGAACUCAUUAAAACAGCCAACCUUUUGUUUAACUCCUUUGAGCCGUACUACAUGUGGGAUUAUAUUGCACAAUGGUUUGAGGAGUGCUGCAGAUGGACUCAGAUCAGUCAAGUCCCAGGGAAGAAUGUGAAGUCUGAAACUUCAGCACGUUCAUUGGUUGAAUUCUGUGAGCUUGUGGACUUCCUUUUGGACAUUGUUUCUUUGCCUACUAGAAGCAUGAGGGUUAUCUGCCAGGAGACAUACAUAGAGAUCCAGACCGAACAUUUACCUCAGCUGCUCCUGCGAAUGGUUUCUGCUCUUACCACACACCUGCAGGCUCUGGGCCUCGGAGAGCUCACCUACUGUCUUCGCCUCUGCUCAAAGAUCCUCAGCAAAGUUCAGCCCCCAUUGGUGUCACCCCUUGCACUGCCUCCUGGAUCGUCCACAGCGGCCACUACCCCUUCAGCAAGAGACAGAGAGGAGAAAAUGGCCCUGCCGAUUGCACUAGAAAUUCCCAAUGUAUUUGAGGAUGGAGAGAACCCUUCAAGCAGCAGUGGAUUCACAGACUUUAUCCAGUACCGGGGUGAACGUGGGACGCCAACUGAUAGCGUGCCGCACCGUGAGGAUGACUCAUCCAGCCCUGAAGAAGCACCCAAACCGAAACCCAAAUCUGGGAUCGGUAGUUCUGCCCACAGCAAACCCCAGGGCAAGCCAGUGAUGCAGUGCUGCCUCGAGCAUUUCCAGCAGUUCCUUUGUCUCCUCGUGAAGCUUUACAUCAUCCCGGGAGGUCACACAGAGCCUGGAAAGGUCUGCAGUGCUGAGAUGGACACUCUUGCGGUGGUAGCCGAUAAAAGAAGGUAUGAUGUUUUUGCAGAGCAGACGUCUUCUGAGCAGAAAGAGUGUCUGGAUGCAUUUACGGCUGCUUGCCAGCUGUUCCUGGAGUGCUCCAGUUUUCCAGUCUACAUUGCUGAGGGCAACCUGAAGUCCUCACCCACCAGAGAAGAGCAGCCAGGUGAAAGUGUUCAGCCAGCAUCUUGGCUUCAGACUCUGAUGGACGCAUGCUGUUUAGCUGCUGAUUUCACUAUUCAGGCAGUGGCUAUCUCUCUUGUCAUGGACCUUGUCGGUCUGACACAAUCAGUAGCUAUGGUGACUGCUGAGCGUGUGGCUAGUCCAGACUCGGACCAACCAAUGAGUCCUAGCCAAGGGCGCGUUGCGGUGGUGAUUCGGCCGCCACUCACACCAGGGAUCUUGAAGUACAUUUCAGAGAAAACUGAUUUCUUCAAGAAUGUAGCACUUAUAUUAUGGGAUCAAUUAGGAGAAGUGACCCCCCAGCAUCACAAGCGCAGUGUGGAGCUCUUUUAUCAGAUUCACAACUUGGCUCCCUCCCCAAGCAUCUGUGAAGAUGUCAUUAGCCAGCAGCUCAUGCAUCGGGACAAGAGGAUACGCUUGGAGGCCCAUGUAAAGUUCUCUGUCCUCUGGCACUUGACCAGAGACCUGAACAUUACGAAGUCCUCCCCUUUCAAUCGCACCUUUGACAGGUCUCUUUUUAUCAUGUUGGACAGCCUCAGUUUUUGGGAUGGCUCGGUGAGCGCUGUUGGCCGGGCCUGGCUGAACCAAGUUUUGCAGAGACAUGAUAUCGCUCGUGUACUUGAGCCUCUGCUGCUUUUGCUUCUUCACCCUAAAACCCAUCGCGUGUCCAUCCAGCGUGUUCAAGCGCAGCGUCACCUUGCACAGGCCUUUCCCAACCCAUCAGAACAAGAGCCCUCUGACCCCAUUUACAUGAGGGAUGUGAACUGCCCUGAUAAUUAUGGCCAGAUUAGUAGCCACAGAGGUGUCCACGUGUCCGGCAGAGGCCUCCCAUUGGAUGACAUGGAACCUUUCAGCCUGACGGUUAACCCCUUAAGUGACAGUCUUUCACUCUUGAGCCUUAGCAGUGAGAACCUGCAGCUCUGUGGUGAAUAUCAACCUCCGGAUCAGCAGGGAGAGGCCCAGAGCUCGGAUUCAAGUGGGUCCCAGUCGUCCACUGUGGACAAUGGGAGCUUUGAUGAACCGGAGGGAGGUGGUAACACUUUUAAUAUAUGUGGUCAUGAGCUUUGUCGGUCCUCUUCGAUGGAGGAAGUGUGCUUGCACAAGACUGUUUCUGCUGUUCUCGCUGAGGUAGUGGACAGGGUGGUGGAAAUAGUGGAGAAAGGGUCUAUCGACACACCAUCAUCUCCUGAGGCAUGGGCUCAGACAGACUCUGAUAGCUCCAACUCCUCCACAGAUAUGUCCACUGAGCCAUGCAUCGCCCUGACCUCCUUCCCCAAUACCCAAGCCAGGACGCUCCCAGAACUGGUUGCAGGAGGGACUUUGGAGUUCCUGGCUGUUGCCUCAAUUGAAGCUUCAGGGGAAGAGGCGCAUCGGGAAGGCAUAGCUCGCCAUAGCUCUUCUCCUUCGAUCGUUACUCUUCCAGACGGCGGUGGCAAUGGUAUCCUUGAACAUAGCCUCCAGGUCGAUGACCCACAACGCAAGCGCAGCCACAGCAGCACCCAGCUCAGCCUAAAGGGUAAGAUUAUGGAGCGACUAGUGGAUAAAUCGCCAGGGGCCAAGCCCAAAAUCAAGAAGUCCAAGAGGAAAGAAGAUGAAAGGCGUAAGGCCAACCAGGCAGAGAAGAGCCGCCCACCCAGCAUCUUCUUCGGGGACAGUCUCGACUUGGAGAAUUGGUAUAGCUGUGGGGAGGGCGAAGUGUCUGAGAUUGAGAGCGAUAUAGGCUCCCCUAGCUGUGGGGCGGGAGUACCUCGCACAUCUGGGACACCUGCUCGGUUUAACAUCCAUCCUCUGUACCAGCAUGUUUUGCUUUAUCUUCAACUGUAUGAUUCCUCUCGUACUCUUCAUGCGCUCACCGCCAUUGCAGCCAUGCUUCGUGCCUUACCAGCAGGAUUUGUAAGCGCCAUCUCCACCACAAGCAUAAAUAACACAUACACACCACAACUGUCUCUUCUGCAGAACCUGUUAGCACGCCAUCGCGUCUCUGUCAUGGGCAAGGAUUUCUACUGCCCCAUCCCACAAGACUCUCACUCGCACUCAUUCCGAAGUGCGAUGUUCCUGGAGAUCAUCAUCUCCCUUUGUCUCUAUUUUUUGCGAAGCUAUUACUCGGCCCAUGUUGACGCCACAGCACAGGACCUGGCUGGCAAUCAUGCCAUGCAGCUGACCAGCGUGGAGGUCUUAACGCUUCUUUUCAACGAGCUUUCCAAGGUCACCGGUGGCUCAGCCAAGGGCUUUGCCAGCUUCAUUUGUGACGUGCUAUCCAAAUGCAAGGUGCAGAAGGUAGUGCUCCAUUGCUUGCUCUCCACCAUCUUUAGCGUGCAGAAAUGGCAUGAACAUCGCAUCCGUGGCACCAAUGUUGCGGCAGUUGAGGAGGGUCUUUCAGAGGACAGUGUCAUCAAUCUGUCAGAGGACCAGCUGGAUAACUGCAGCGCCAUACAGUCCCAGCUCCUGCGCUUGUUACAGAGCCUGGUGGUGUUAGAGCACCGUGUGCUCAUCCCAGCGGACGAAGUUGGUGAAGGAGGUCCAGGGACUACUGCGUCUAUUGGAGGAGCUAACGGCCCCGGGUUUGGUUUUGAGCUGAUCGGAGGCGAGGUAGAGCAUGUCAACCCGCAACAACCGAUGACCUCACUGCAGUACUUGCAUGGGCAGCCUAUCACGGCGCAAGGGAUGUUUCUGUGUGCGGUAAUCCGGGCCCUGCAUCAGCACCAUGCCUGCAAGAUGCACCCACAGUGGAUCGGCCUCAUCACAGCCACUCUGCCCUACAUGGGAAAAGUGCUUCGGCGAGUGGUCGCUUCUGUUACGCUGCAGCUGUGCAAAAACCUUGACAACUUUAUACAGCAAUACCGCUAUGAGACAGGCUUGACAGACACCAGGCCUCAGUGGAUGGCACUGGGUAUUCCUCCUGACCUGAUUCUGACUUUACUAGAAGGAAUGACAGCCAUAAUCCAUUAUUGUCUGCUAGACCCAACCUCACAAUAUUACCAGCUCCAGGCAAAUGUAGAUCAGAAGCAUCUUGCAGAGGCCCGGGCCGGCAUUCUCUCCAUCUUGCACACCAUCAUGUCCUCUGUAACCCUGCUGUGGGGAGUCCUUUAUCUGGUUGACAGCUCUGACAGGCCAGCUGCAGCCUCUGCCUGCUCCUCCUCCAACAUCAACUUAGGAUCUACAAAGAAUCUCCGGCAGCAAAUUCUGGAGCUGCUGGGCCCAAUCUCAAUGAAUCACGGUGCUCACUUCAUGGCAGCUAUUGCAUAUGUGUGGAAUGAAAGGAAGCAGACCAAAGCUCCAACUAGAAACAAGGUAAUACCCACGGCCAGCGAGGAACAGCUUCUCCUUGUAGAACUUGUUCGUUCAGUAAGCGCUAUGAGAACUGAGACGGUGAUCCAGACAGUGAAGGAUGUCCUUAAACAACCACCAGCCAUUGCCAAAGAAAAGAAGCAUCUUUCCCUGGAAGUCUGCAUGCUUCAGUUUUUUUAUGCUUAUGUGCAGAGGAUUCCAGUGUCUAGUCUGGUUGAUAGCUGGCCUUCGCUCUUGGCCUUGCUGAAAGAGUCUGUGCAGCUCAGCUUACCCGCUCCUGGACAGUUUCUGAUACUUGGUGUUCUGAAUGAGUUUAUCCUCAAGAAUCCCACCCUGGAGAGCAAGAAGGACCAACGAGAGCUACAGGAUGUAACCCAUAAGAUCGUAGAGGCCAUUGGCACGAUUGCUGGCUCAUCUUUAGAACAAACCACAUGGCUGAGAAGAAACCUGGAGGUCAAACCUUCUCCUCAGAUCAUGGUGGAGGGUUCCAGUCUGGAGACGGAUGUAGAAGACUUAAUGCUUACAGUGAUGGAGGCAUCCAGCUUCACUCCAUCUGUUUACAGCGUUCAUGCCCUCACACUGCUGGCAGAGGUACUUGCUCAUCUAUUAGAUAUGGUCUUCUAUAGUGAUGAAAAAGAGAGGGUUAUCCCUCUGCUGGUCAACCUCAUGCAUUAUGUGGUGCCCUACCUGCGCAACCACAGCGCUCACAACGCCCCCAGCUACCGUGCAUGCAUACAGCUGCUGAGCAGCCUUAGCGGAUAUCAGUACACACGGAGAGCCUGGAAGAAAGAAGCUUUUGACUUGUUUAUGGACCACACGUUUUUCCAGAUGGACUCCUCGUGUGUUAGCCACUGGAGAGCGAUUAUAGACCAUCUGAUGACUCAUGAUAAAACCACAUUCAGAGACCUGAUGACCCGAGUUGCCGUGGCCCAGAGCAGCUCCCUGAGUCUUUUCACCAAUCGAGACGCAGAGCUUGAACAGAGAGCCAUGCUACUCAAAAGAUUGGCCUUCACCAUAUACAGCAGUGAGGUAGACCAGUAUCAGAAGUACUUGCCGGACAUCCAAGAGCGUCUUGUGGAGAGCCUGCGACUUCCUCAGGUGCCCAUCCUCCAUGCUCAGGUCUUCCUCUUCUUCAGAGUGUUGCUGCUUCGCAUGUCACCCCAACACUUGACCUCACUCUGGCCCACUAUGAUCACCGAGCUGGUUCAGGUGUUCUUACUCAUGGAGCAGGAGGUCACUGCAGACGAGGACAUCACCAGAACCUCCUGCCCUUCAGUAGCGGGGCUUGAAACAACCUACUCAGGGGGCAACGGCUUCUCUACCUCCUACAAUAGCCAGCGCUGGCUCAACCUCUACCUGUCUGCCUGUAAGCUGCUGGAUCUAGCCCUUGCUCUGCCUUCUGAGAGCCUGCCUCAGUUCCAGAUGUAUCGUUGGGCAUUCGUCCCUGAGGCCUCGGAUGACUCCGGUAUGGAGGUCCGCAGACAGGGGACCCAUCAGAGAGAGUUCAAGCCCUAUGUUGUUAGAUUGGCAAAGCUUUUGAGAAAAAGGGCCAAGAAAAAUCCAGAGGAGGAUUGCUCCUCUCGCACUUUGUCCUGGGAGCCUGGACAGCUCCUGCUUACCCUAUAUGUGAUCCGCAGCAUGGAACAGCUCCUUCCCUUCUUUAACCUUCUCAGCCAGGUUUUUAGCAGUAAAGGCAGCAGCCGCUCAGGAUCAUACCACAGCCCAACUUCCAUAGACGGCCCAUUCCCUGGCAAGGACGGCAAAUUGGAAAGCCAGAAAGUGUUUUGGAGCCGGGCCAGGCAAAACAUUGAGGAGAUGGUUGAGAAGGACUUUUUAGAGGGACUCAUUAAAACGUGACCUGAGAUGAACAAAAAAUUGAAACUAACACGUGUUUUAAAAACAACAUCUUUUCUGAAAAAAAAAAAAAAGAAAAGUUUGUACAUUUUUUUGCUUUUCUAAUUAAUGUAUUUUCCCUCAAAGGUAUACUAUUUAAUUUAAAGUCUUUUACUUGUAAAUAUAGACACAUGUAUUGAAUUAUUUCAUUUGUUUGUGCCCAUAGGAUAGUAUUGAAGAUACUGUGCCAUUCCAUAUUGUGGUGACUUGUUUAAUAAAGAGACAUAUCAGUUAAAUUUAAAACGUGUAGCUGACCUUAUGUCCCUGUCUUACUAACCAAACUUGCACUAAUCUUUUUGAAUUAGAUUUUAAGGGUGUCAUUUUUUGUGUAAGAAAAUUAAAUAUAAAUAGACAGUUUUAAAUGAAAAUUGAUUUGAAAUUGAUCAAAGCCAUAAUAUUAAAGCUAUUGUUGCAUACCACAGUAUGUUGGGGACUAAAUUGAAUUUAUCUGCAUUGUUUUAUGUGUCUACAACUGUUUUUCCUUCAUUAAAUACAGGACUGCUUUGUUACGAACCAUAACCAAA